AUGAUCCUUACUGGAGGGCGCGCAUCUCUUCCGAGAUGGCCGAAGGGAUCGACACUUUGCAAUCCCUUUACUCGCGUUCGGGGAGGUCGUUUUCCGACGGCCCUUUUUCAAGCGCAGAGGGUGGGUCUCGUCGUACUUCUCGACGAGAUCAAGGACAUCAACAAUCAGCUGGGCACGAAACUCCCAGCUGUCCCACACCGGUGGAUAGCCACACCACAGGACGAGAAUCCACCAAAAGAUGUGGUGGCGGCGGGAACACCUGAUCCGGCUCGAGGGUUGGAUCAGCUUGAUGUUCAGGAGCUAAACCGUGUAACGGAACAGUUGCACGAUGACCUGGAUCACGAACGGACUCGGCGUGAUGAGCUUAAUGCUCUUGUAAAGGAUAACUACAAUUACCUAACGCACGAUCGUUCGGACGAUCGUGCCGCUUUUGCUUUCGCGCAACUUGAGAACGAACGUUCGACUCGUUCUCUCCGUGAUGAGCUGGCUGCUGCUCGUCGUGACAUCGCUGAACUGCGUGAACAGGUCGCUUCGCUAGUCGACCAGACUGGCUCGUUGAAACGGGACCACUCGAAGUUGGUCUCGGCUCUUGACCGCGGAGGCGUUCUUCGCAUCUCAAAACGGGCUCGUACUGAUAGUACAGGCGGAGACGUCCAGCGUAAGACGUAG